AUGAAAGGUCUGUGGUUUGCCUUCCUUUGCCUGUUCGCUCAAGCAAGUGAAGCCAGAAUAUACUCCAAGUGUGAAAUGUAUAAAGAAUUGAAAAAACAUGGAAUGGAGGAUUACUAUAAAGUUGGCCUAGGUCACUGGUUAUGUUUGAUCCUAUUUAGCAGUGGGUUCAACACUGAACAUUAUGUGUAUACUGAAGGACACCCAUAUUAUGGUUUAUUUCACCUGAGUGGUCUAAUAUGGUGCACAGAUGGGAGACAUAACAGCCAGAACAUUUGCCGAAUAGAUUGUGAGCAAUUCCUCGAUGACGAUAUUACAGAUGACAUUAAAUGUGCUAAGAUAAUUGCCAGGACUAGCAAAGGGAUGUUGUUUUGGACACACUUCUACGAAUACUGCACUCACCCUGUGCCCCAAAUAUUAUAUUGGGAAUGUGUAUGA